AUGGAGCCGGACCACCGGGACCACAGAUGCCAUAGGCCCAGCUCCUUUCCAAAAAUGGAAGGGCUGGUUCGAGAAAUGCAGGACACGGAACAUGGGGGCGUACCUGUUAGGAGUCAAAAAUUAUUUCUGACAUCUAUUCCAGCUGCUUUCAUGGGGUAUGACUUAAUUGAAUGGUUGAUGGAGCGUCUUGGAAUAGAAGAAUCCGAGGCGCUGAAUAUCGCCCAUCAACUAUGUCAAUACGGAUACUUCUUUCCAAUAAGCGACUCAAAGAACCUCGUAGUUAAAGAUGAUAGCUCCUUGUACAGAUUUCAGAAUCCAUAUUAUUGGCCUUGGCAAAAUCGACCACCCGAUAACGUCGAGUACGCCAUCUAUCUAGCCAAACGAACGUUACGAAAUAAACAAAGACACGGCCUGGAGGAGUAUGAAAUCGAAGCAAUGAGCAAUCUCAAAAAAAAUCUAGCAAACAAAUGGGAUUUUAUCACUCAGCAGGCUGAGGAACAGGUGAAGCUUUCCAAAGGUCUAAAAAAAGCCGACAAGUUAGUCAGUGACUCCCAAGAAAGAGCUUAUUGGAGAGUGCACAGACCUCCCCCUGGUAUGGUAAGUUCCUUAGAGCCAUGUCCUGUUCCCACAAGAAGUUGGAACGGUGGUACAAGAACUAGAAAAAAGACAAUAGAAGACUGCAAAAGAGAAGUGGAAUUACUUAAGAACAGUCUAUCGAAAACAAGAGUGAAAGUAUCCCAAGCGUUAGAAAGUAUGGUACAACACGUAGAAAUUUACAUGGAGUACGAUCCACUGAUAACCCCAACGCAACCAUCAAAUCCAUGGGUCAGCGAAGACUUGACUUAUUGGCAGUUGAACAGUCCCCUGGUAGAUGUACCAACUGAAAAAAGAGUCAGACGAUGGGCCCUAUCUAUGGAAGAACUGGUUUCAGAUCCUACAGGGUUGCAAGAAUUUACGAAUUAUCUUAGAAAGGAGUAUAGUCAUGAAAAUAUAAGAUUUUGGAUGGCUGUUCAAGACUUAAGAAGAUCCGCCCAAUCUCAGAUUGCUUGGAAGGUGCAAGAAAUAUUUGAAGAAUUUUUGGCACCAGGUGCACCAUGCGAAAUCAACAUAGAUGGUAAAACAAUGGAAAAAGUGCACCAAGAAAUGAAGGCGCCCAGUAGAUUCACAUUUGAUGCUGCACAAGAACAUGUAUAUACAUUGUUGCUGAAAAAAGAUUGUUACCCUAGGUUUAUUAGGUCUGAAUAUUAUAAAAAUUUAUUAGCAACUGGGAUACAACCAUCGCAGAAAAAACGUUUUUUUGGGUUUGGCCAACCAAAGAAAAAAGUAUCGACCAGUACGGUGCCCAACCAACAACUUCUGCAACAGCAGCAAACGUCCCAGGGCACCGUAGUCAUGUGCGGUGCGCUUUCAAAACGGAGGGGUAGUGACAGGAGCCUCUCGGGAUCUGCUCACGAACUUGCUAUAUCCGGCGUCAAGGAUACGAAAGUACCUCAUUCUCAUUCGCAGAGCAAUUUGAGUGACAUUCCUUACAGGGUGAAAAAGCCUAGCAUAGCAAUAGUUGCGGGUGCCUCAACAUCUGAAGACGUUUGUCCUUGGGAAAGUGGUACUACGGAAACCAGAAGUAGGAAAAAUUCUGCAGCUCUAGAUUCUGGUAGUUCUUCAUCAGAUAUCAGUGUAGCUGUCAUAGAAGUUUCCGAAAAGGUUCAACGUUCUUGUAUGCUAACCCAACAACAUACACUGGAUAGUUGUCGAAAUCUAACAGCCCAUCCCAUCGAACCGCAAAGAAGAGCAUCUGUAUCUGUGCCCAUACAACAUUCCUCUCCAUCCGCCGAAUUGUCAAGCACCGCCAAACGGAAAGUAUCCUCAUUCGAAGAUAGUUCCGCCGUUGGCAGUUCCGCGUCCGUCAGCAGUUCCGCAGCUAGCAAUUCCGUAGCGUUGAGCUGCAGUUCUACACUUGCCAAUCCAACUGUAGCGUCUUCGACGUCAACGGCUUCUUGUGCAUACGCACAUCUUAGUGACACAGACAAUAAAUGCGAUGACAAAAUUAUAAAAACUUUAAAAAAGAGUCAUAGUCUUGUAAAAACUUUUACUAGUGCGACAGGAGGGUCUAAUACACCCACUAUCAGUGUUAGUCCAGUUGUGGAUGAGUAUCCUAGAGAAGAAAAUAGUUAUUCGAAGAAAGAUGAAAGAGACAAGGAUGAGUUAUCGAUAUGUUGUAUUCAGGAACCAUUGGCACCACUUGCAGAACCGGACAGUGAAUCCCCUGGAAGCGAAUUACCUCCUUCUGAAGUAGGGGAGAUAUUGGAUGCCGAAAGGGAACAUGAAUUAGAACAAGAAGUAGAAACGCAAGUUACACAAGAAGAACAUGGUGAAGCCAAAUCAAACGAUGUGUGCCCCUGGGAAGACGA